AUGCCAGUUUACCACCUUCUUUUUGUGUGUUUUUCUUUUUCUCUUCCAGUGCCACCUUGGGCCUUAAUAGCCAUAGCCAUAGUUGCAGUCCUAUUAAUCCUUACCUGCUGCUUUUGUCUCUGUAAGAAAUGCUUGUUCAAAAAGAAGAACAAGAAGAAGGGAAAGGAGAAGGGAGGGAAGAACGCUAUUAACAUGAAAGAUGUUAAAGAUUUAGGGAAAACCAUGAAAGACCAGGCUCUUAAGGAUGAUGAUGCUGAAACUGGGCUGACUGAUGGGGAAGAGAAAGAAGAGCCCAAAGAAGUGGAGAAACUAGGGAAAAUCCAAUAUUCUUUGGAUUAUGACUUCCAGAACAAUCAGCUUCUGGUUGGGAUUAUUCAAGCAGCUGAGCUGCCUGCUUUAGAUAUGGGUGGUACAUCCGAUCCCUAUGUGAAAGUUUUUCUGCUGCCUGAUAAGAAGAAGAAAUACGAGACAAAAGUCCACAGAAAGACCCUUAACCCAGUUUUCAAUGAGCAAUUUACAUUCAAGGUGCCAUACUCCGAGCUGGGUGGAAAAACUUUAGUGAUGGCAGUUUAUGACUUUGAUCGUUUCUCCAAACAUGAUAUCAUUGGGGAAUAUAAGGUUGCGAUGAACACAGUGGACUUUGGUCACGUCACUGAGGAGUGGAGGGACUUGCAAAGUGCAGAGAAGGAAGAGGUA